AUGGUGGACGGUGAAGAACACCAGGGCCGCUCUGGCACUGCAACGGCAAACGCAGAUGCCGCAGAAGGGGAGCAGCGUGCGCCGAAGAAGGUGAUGAGGAAGCCCAAGAAGGAAAGGGAAAACACAAACACAGCCAACAAGGCCGCAGACAACCAGCAGCAGCAGGAUGGCGAGGACAGCACCAGCAACGGCACAGGUGGCGACCGCAAGCCCGCGGCGGCAGCAGCAGGAGGAGCAGCCAAGCCAAAGAAGAAGAAGAAGCCCGCAACCGGGGGUGGUGGCAAGGAUCAGCCACAGCAAUCAGAGAGCGCACGAAGUGCGCAUGCGCCGUCGCCGCCAACCAGCUCGUCGCCUGGCCCGAAAGGCCGCUCGAAGACGCAACAGCCGCGCAAGAAGCGUUCACAGCAAGCAGACAAGGCACAAGCAGCAGAGCAAGACCAGCCACCCAAAGCAGCGGGUGCGGCCGGGAAGAAGAAGACGAAGAAGAAGAAGGACGAUGCGCCUCCUGGGGAUGGUGCGUCCUCGCCGAAAUCAUCCAAGAAGAAGAGGGGUGGCAGUGGCAAUGGGAACGCAAAGGCCAAGGUGAGCCCAACAGCGUCGUCCUCGUCACCGCUCAAGGGCACGCGCCGGAGAUCACAGCGGCUCUCCAUGACCGCCACCGUCUCGUCCAACGUCGUGACCAGGGUCACAUUCUACCUGAACGGGGACAAGCAGUUUGCGGGGAAGCAGGUGAUGGUGGACUCGCGGCAGACGCCAACCUUUGAGCGGCUGCUGGACCACCUGAGCGAACAAUUGGACCCGCCGUUUGGCCCUGUCAUGAAGAUUUACGACGCCAACACCUUCGAGCCCAUCAAGGAGAUUGCGCAGCUGCGCACCACCACGCACGCCGUCACCGUCGGCCGCAAGGCGCCGCUGAAGAAGCUUGCGUACACAGACAUCCAGUCGUUCCGCAGCCGCGAGCAGACGUACGUGGCCCCAGACCUCACGCGCGUGAAGAGCAAGUUCGACUCCAAGGUGCAGAGCCGCGUACACAAGGCGGCAGAGGUGAAGCAGAUCUUUGCGCUGGUGAACGGCGACGAGGACGGCGUUGGCGUGCGCGUGAUUCUGCGACCACGUGUCCUGGAGAGCUGGGAGCUGGUGCUUCAGGAGAUUACAAACAAGGUCAAGGACAAGCUGUUGUUUGGACACGUGCAGCGGCUGUUCACGCUCGACGGGCUGGAGGUGCAUGACGCAAGCAACAUUGUCAACGACAGCGUGUAUGUUGCGGUGGACAAGAUGCCGCUCAAGCUGCCGCCCUUCUCGCUCGUCGGCGGGAAGCUUCAGCGGAAACCGCAGAAGAAGGUGAAGCUCCGGCCGUUGAAGGUGGACCCGCCCAAGCGCAAGGAGGUGAUGGUGGCCGCGUUUGGCCGCACGGGACUCGGCUUCCUGCACGACACGGAGAAUGGCGCGCACGACACGACGGCGGGCGCAUAUGGCACGCUGAACGGGCGCGGGAAGGACGCUGGUGAGGAGGACCCGCCCAUUACCGUGCACCGCAUGAACGACAACGGCGACGCCAUGUAUGCGAUUGAUCUCCUUGUUCGCGGUAUCACUACCAGCCGCCGCCUGCGCGUGGACAACGACGCGAUGGACGAGGCAAUAUGCGCGCUCAUUCGCCGGGCCCGCGAGCGGCUGUUUGAGUUCCGGCAGACGUCGCCAGACAUCACGACGGCGUUUGAUGACCGCAUUGAGGAGGUGCUGCAGUUUAUGCUCAACCCGGAGACACGCGAGGAAAACGGCGGCACAGACAACAUCGCAGAGAGGUUUGAGCCGAUGGAGGACCUGAUGACGCAGCGCCUGUGUGUGUCCGAAUGGGAAAAGACGCGCGAUUUCUUCGAUGAGGACGACCCCAUUCGCGACUACACGACGAAAUUCGAGCACAACUUGGCUGUGAUUGAGCGCUAUGGGCGUUUCCCCGAUCGCAACGCCGUGCUGGGCCGCGAGACGACGGAGGAGGAGAUGGAGUACCUGCAGCUCAACGGAAAGGCCAUCGCACCAACACGCAGUGUCGCCCCGCACACCGCAACGAAGGAGAGCCUGGGCCGCCUGAAGCUGUUUGCUAACUCAAACACGUGAUGCUGAUUGAUUGGUUGAUUGAUUGGUUGAUGGUGGCUGUUGGUGUCUGGGAUGUACGUGGGCGGGUGUAGUUGUACGCCCACGAUCAAUUGAUGCUGGUGCAUCCGUUCUCUACUCGCCACUAUGUGUCCCCUUGUGCAUUUCGUUUUUGUUUUGUUUUGUCUGCGGUGUCCCUGUUACGUGACAACUGCGGGCAUCACCACACGCCCUUCUUGCUUGUUGCAUUUUGUAACUGUGUUGUAACUGUGUGAUGAUUCGUUCUGUUUCCAUAAUCGAAUGAAGCUUGUGCUUCCCCUGUCAACGUUGUUGAAUGUGUAUGUGCGUGUGCGUGUGCGUGUGUGUGUGUGUGUGUGUGUGUGCGUGUGCGUGUGUGUCUGUGCGUGUGUGUGUCUGUGUGUGUGUGACACCUUGUCAACACACCAGUACAAAAGUUAAAGCUGCA